ACAGGAGGUCACUUGACGGUGGGGGUGGAAAGAUUCAAGUAAGCAGGUGACCCUGCUCAUUCCUACCUUGAACUCAUUGACCUGCAGGUCCAGGGAACGAUGCUUGGGUGGAAAAAAAAACAACAUCACUAAUGUCCUCCUGGCUAUUUGGGAGACGGAGCCUCUUGGUUCCUGGCCAAAAGAGAAGCCAUCUCCAGCUUUGCCUGCAAGAAGAAGACAUGGGGGCUCCUCCACUCAAGGCAAAAGGGCCCUGGACCCACCUUCAGAAACUUCUGACCUCCUGGCUGCUCCGAGAGAAAGACUGGGAUCAGCGUCUGGAUGAGGCCCACAUGCUGCAGCAGAAGAGGAUUCAAGAAUCUCCGCUGCUUCGGGCAGCCAAGGACAAUGACUUGUGUGCCCUGAAGAAACUUCUGCUGGACAGAAGCUGCGACUUUCGGCAAAGAGGAGCCCUGGGGGAGACGGCGCUGCACAUAGCCGCGCUCUAUGACAACCUGGAGGCCGCUGCGGUGCUGAUAGAGGCCGCCCCGGACCUGGUCUUGGAGCCCACCCUGUGCGAGCCAUUUGUAGGUCAGACUGCACUGCACGUGGCCAUCAUGAACCAGAACGUGAACUUGGUGCGAGCCCUGCUCAUUCACGGGGCCAGCGUCUCUGCCAGAGCUACAGGCAUAGCUUUCCGCCUCAGUCCCCACAACCACAUCUACUAUGGGGAGCACCCUCUGUCCUUUGCCGCCUGCGUGGGCAGCGAGGAGAUCGUGCGUCUGCUCAUUGAACAUGGAGCCAACAUCCGGGCCCAGGACUCCCUGGGAAACACAGUGUUGCACAUACUGGUCUUCCAGCCCAACAAGACCUUUGCCUGCCAGAUGUACAACCUGCUGCUGUCCUACGAUGGGCGUGGGGGCCACCUGCAGUCCCUGGACCUGGUGCCCAAUCACCAGGGUCUCACCCCCUUCAAGCUGGCUGGAGUGGAGGGCAACACUGUGAUGUUCCAACACCUGAUGCAGAAGCGGAAGCACAUCCAGUGGACCUACGGGCCACUGACCUCCACUCUCUACGACCUCACGGAGAUCGACUCCUGGGGAGAGAAGGUGUCCUUUCUGGAACUUGUGGUCUCCUCUAAGAAGCGGGAGGCUCGCCAGAUCCUGGAGCAGACCCCGGUGAAGCAGUUGGUGAGCUUCAAGUGGAAGAACUACGGGCAGCCCUACUUCUGCGUUCUGGGCGCCUUGUACGUGCUCUACAUGAUCUGUUUCACCAUGUGCUGCGUCUACCGCCCCCUCAAGUCUCGGAGCGACAAUCACACAGCCUCCCGAGAUAUCACCCUCCUGGAACAGAAGCUACUACAGGAGGCCUAUGUAACGGAACAGGAUAAAAUCCGGCUGGUGGGGGAGCUGGUGACCAUCAUCGGGGCUGUGAUCAUGCUGUUCCUAGAGAUCCCAGACAUCUUCAGGGUGGGUGCCUCCCGCUAUUUUGGACAGACCGUCCUUGGUGGGCCGUUCCAUGUCAUCAUCAUCACCUCUGCCUCCCUAGUGCUGGUGACCAUGGUGAUGAGGCUCUCCAACACCAGAGGGGAGGUGGUCCCUAUGUCCCUUGCCCUGGUGCUGGGCUGGUGCAGCGUCAUAUACUUUGCUCGAGGAUUCCAGAUGCUGGGUCCCUUCAGCAUCAUGAUCCAGAAGAUGAUUUUUGGAGACCUGCUGCGUUUCUGCUGGCUGAUGGCUGUAGUUAUUCUGGGAUUUGCCUCAGCGUUCUUCAUCAUCUUCCAGACGGAGGACCCGAGCAAGCUGGGGGAGUUCUACGACUACCCCACGGCGCUCUUCAGCACCUUCGAGCUCUUCCUCACCCUCAUCGACGGCCCCGCCAACUACAACGUGGACCUGCCCUUCAUGUACAGCAUCACCUACGCCGCCUUCGCUGUCAUUGCCACCCUGCUGAUGCUCAACCUCUUCAUAGCCAUGAUGGGCGACACUCACUGGCGGGUGGCCCAGGAGCGGGACGAGCUCUGGAGGGCCCAGAUCGUGGCCACCACCGUGAUGCUGGAGAGGAAGAUGCCUCGCUUCCUGUGGCCUCGCUCCGGGAUCUGUGGGUACAAGUACGGGCUGGGGGACCGCUGGUUCCUGAGAAUCGAGAGCCUCCAUGAUCAAAAUCCUCUGCGGGUGCUUCGCUACGUGGAAGCUUUCAAGUCCUCAGACAAGGAGGAUGAGCAUCUUUCUGAGAAACAUCUCUCUGUGGUUGAAAGGGGGACUCGAGCCAGAAGCUCCCUGACCCUCCCAACGCCCUCCCUGUCCCGGACCACAUCCCGCAGCAGCAGUCACUGGGGCUGGGAGAUCCUUCGUCGCAACACCCUGGGACACUUGAAUCUUGGACUGGAGCUUGGUGAGGGGGAUGGAGAAGAAAACAUGUAUCUAUGAUUAGGGGCCCUGCUGCUCUUCACGUAACUCCAAGUGGCCUGCCUGCGGGAGGAGGCAGGGAGAGAGACACUUUCCCAUGCAAGUAUCUAACUUCCAUGCUGUUAACAAUGGCAGGGGAUAGAAUAAUUCUUCAAGGCCAUGCCUCAGCUUUCAUCUAAGCAUUUCUGGAGAUGGGCAGUAGGCAUGUGUUGUCCUACACAUCUUCUGAAAGCCCCAUAUCUUGGGAAAUGAAGGUCUCUUUUUUGAGCAAAGUUGGGCUUGGCCAUUAAAGACGUGAGGUGCGGGUGCUGGACUAAUAACAUCUGGAUCAUCCUUCUACCCCCUGAAGGUACUGGAAAGUAGCCUGCUGUGUAGCCUGCCUGGCUCCACAUGGGAAGAGGCAGGCACAGCCCUGAGGUAGUGGCCCUUCCCUUUUUCCUGUAGCCUCAAAGGACUCUCUCCCCACCUAGCAACCAAACCCCAACUAGACAACUGCAAGAAGAAAGGUCCUUUGCCCUUGCUUUAUUGAAAAAAUAUUUAUUGUAGUAAUAUACACACAGAAUCGAUCACUUGAAUCAUUUUUAGGUAUAUGAUUCCAUGGCAUUAAUUACAUUCACAGUAUUGUACAACUAUCACCAGUAUUUAUCUAUAGAACUUUUUCACCAUCUCAAGGUGGAACUCCUCUACCCAUUAAACGUUAACUCCCCACCAUCCCCUAAUAAUCAAUAUUCUACUUUCUGUUACAAAUUGGACUACUCUAGGCACCUCACAAAAGUGGAAUCAUGCAAUAUUAGUUCUGCCGUGCCUGGUGUAUUUCACUUAGCACAGUGCUUUCAAGAUUCAUCAAUGUAGCCUGUAUAAGAAUCUCAUUGCUUUUAAAGACCAACUAAUAAUUUAAUUGUAUGCAUAUACAAUUUUUUUUAAUCCAUUCAUCCAUGGUUAGACAUUUGGGUUGUUUCCACCUUUUGGCUAUUGUGAGUAAUACUGUUACGAAUAUUGGUGUGCAAUUAUGUAAGCCCCUGCUUUCAAUUCCUUUGGGGAUAUACCUACAAGUGGAAUUGCUCGAUCUUAUGGUAAUCUUUGCCAAUUUUUUGAGAGCCUGCCGUACUCUUUUCCAUAGUGACUGUGCUAUUUUACAUUUCCUCCAGCAAUAUACAAGCAUUCCAGUUCCUCCACAUCCUCAUCAAUACUUGUUACUUUCUGUUUGUUGUUGCUGUCAGUAGCCAUCCCAAUGGAUGUGAAGUUUAUCUUAUUGUGGUUUUGAUUUGCAUUUCCUUAAUGCCCAAUGGCAAUGAACACCUUUUUUGUGUGCUUAUUGGCCAGCUGUGAAUCUUUUUUUUUAAGAAACGUCUAUUGAAGUCCUGUGCCCAUGUUGGAAUUGUGUUGAUUUGCCCAUGUUUGAACUGUGCUGAUUGUCGUUGUUUCUGAGUUGUCUCAUCCUUGCUCUUUGAGGCUCGGAGUCUAAAGUGUUUGUAUCUCGUUUGCA